AGCCGUCACCGCGCGCAGGGACGGUAGAAUGGCGGAGCUGGUGCCUUUUGCGGUCCCCACAGGGUGUGACAAAACCUUGCUGGUGUGGGAGCUGAGCCCCGGACCCACGGCCGAGGCUUUGCAUCGUUCUCUGUUCACAGUCUUCUCCCAGUUCGGCCUUCUGUAUUCAGUCCGAGUCUUCCCCAACGCCGCGGUGGCCCAAUCUGGUUUCUAUGCCAUCGUCAAGUUUUAUUCAGCGAGGGACGCCCGCAGAGCCCAAAAAGCAUGCGACCAGAUGCCGCUUUUUCAGACAUCUCCAGUGAAGGUUCAUCUCAGCACCAGACAUAAGGCAGUUCAACAUCAGACUCUUGCCUUAAACAGCUCCCAAUGCCAAGCAUUGGCAAAUUACUACUUUGGUUUCAAUGGAUGGUCAAAAAGGAUCAUCAAGCUUCAGGAUCUUUCUGACCUUGAAGAAAGGGAAAAUGAAGAUAUUGUGGCACCACCUCAAAAGCAAUGCCUGAAAUUCUUCUGUGCUUUAGAGGUGGUGUUACCAUCCUAUGAGUGCAGGAGUCCUGGAGUUGGUAUAGCUGAGGAGUCUUUGGACACCGUGGAGGAAGGGCCAUUAUCAUUACUUAUGAAAAGAAAGACAAUCCAGAAGCUUGCUGUUCAGAAAGCUGUGUCAGAUGCAUUUCAAAAACUGUUGAUUGUGGUUUUAGAAAGUGGUAAAAUAGCUGUUGAGUACAGACCCUGUGAAGCCAUCAGAGAUGCCAGAGUUGAAGAAGAACUACUACAGGAUUUAAUUGAAGUCAACUACUUCUCUUGGAAGGGACAUGGCCCAGGAGAGGAAGAAUGUCUUUCAGAUUUCAGCUUCGAAGGGGAAGAGUUCAGAGUGCCCAAACUGGACCAACACUUUUGAAUUUCCCAGGAUACCAGACUGUAUGGCUCCCUCGGGGAGCUCUGUGCCCCCAUCUCACACUUGCAUGUCCUUUAAUCUCCCCAUCCACCAGCCGGUGGGCUGUUGUUAGUGCCGGGCCCCCCACGUAUGCAGUCCAAGUCCUGCCUCUCUAUGAAGGGGAGAGGGAGCCGUGCUGUAAGUAGGUGUCGUCUUUGCAGGGGGAAGGAAGGCUUGUGCUUUGGUGAUUCUGGAGAAAGGGCUCGCUCUGAUGGUGCAGAACUUAUCUUGGCCCGAGCCUAAUAAAGGCGGCGUAAAUAAAGGUGUCAUA